UUACGGUCGCAAACAAAAUGUAACGCUCGGAUAUUUGGCAACAUUUAUAAUCGAGGGGAAUAUUCUUUUGAUUCCAGAUAUUUUUAACAGUUCUAUGUAUCAUUUUCAGUUUAAAUUAGCUUCUUAAUUGAAGCAUGAAUGCCUUUGGCGACGUUACUCUACACCAUUUGGGUGCCUUUGACCUAGCAUAAUAAUAAUUACGGAAUUCCCUUUCAAGCUAUUAAAUAAAGCGACUAACAUUCGCUAACUUAUCGUUGUUUUAAAGUGAGGCACCUAGUAUUUUGAAGCGAAAAUAGUAAAUACUCAGAAGUAAGAAAAAGCCACUUGUUUAGUGAAUGUUCUCCAGAAAGACCGAUUAGCAUGGACCUGGAUGUCAUUCAGUACUUGGCCAAGGCCAAGAAAAACAGAGACUCCGGAGCUUUGCAAUCAGCCUUCAAUGUAUUGGAAGUGAUGACAGCAGCUGGAAGCCCAGAAGGAGCACGCAGCUUUGACCCACAUUUGUAUGUCUUCUGUGGGGAAGAAGCACUGCAGCUGGGCUGUUUAGAGAUAAGCGCGGCAUGCCUGAACAAAUUCUUUGAGCGCAAACCACCAGCUGAUCAAUAUUUGUGCCGCGCCUUGAUCUGCCAAGGCCAGCUGAAGUGUCCCCCGGCCACAGGGAGCAUGGAAGACUUUCAGGAGAAUGUGAGAUGUUUUCUUAAAGCAAUUGAAAUUGCAAAGCGAGAGAAAAGAUCUCAUUACAUUGUCUUCAAUGCCUCAGUGCUAUAUGCCCAGAUGGUACGUCCUCUCCUGCAGCCAGGGCGGUGUCGCCACCUGAUUUCGUCCCUCAGGCAGGUGGUCAAAAGUCUGGAAGCGGUGGCUGACAAGAACCACAGCUGGAGGGCAGAACUCAUGAUGCACUUAAUUGACUGUCUUUUGGACUCUGGGAAAACAGACGAUGCUGGGAGUUAUGCUCGAGUUACAGAGGAAUUCAUCAGGAAACACUGUCCAGAUCUUUAUUCAAAGCUCUUUCGUGUGCAGGUGUGGCAUAACCUAUCAAAAAAGGACGUUCUUAUAAAAAAGAGUCGGCAGUCGAAUACCUUACUUGUCAUUUACAAAAUGCUGCAAUUCAAAAGGGGCUUGGGCGAAAUAAAGGAGGAUGAGGUUGGUAAAAAGGAUUCAAACGAGCUGGAGGAUAUUUUUGGUCUUCUCGGGGAUUCCGCAAAAGCAUCUUUUCGGACACCCAUCGCGCCAGCUAGCAGAGUGUCCUUCCUCAUAGAGCUGGCUUUGCUGGCCUUGCAAGGGAAGAAUCAGAAAGUGGCAGCCAAAUGCUUAAAAAAGCUACAGUCAGCAGGGGAAACUAGUAUCGGUGAACAAAUAAUAAUGGAGUGUGUCAACUGUGAAAUAAACCUCCAGAAGAAAGAGACUAAGAUGAAUGACUAUUCCAAAUCCAGUGUGGAGGCACGUCUAAAGGAGAUAGGGAAACUGAAUCAGUGUCUACAGGUUGCAGUCAGAGAGGGGGACCCCCAGGCUGUGCAGGCAGUGUGUGCGACCCAGUGGAGUUUUUGUCUUCCACUGUUGCAGCACAAUCUACGCAAACAUGUGAAGACACCUCUGUCCCGGGUGGCCCAAGCACUGGAAGAUAUGCAGUGUAUGCUGUUCCCAGUUCGAUGUCUGGUCCAUGCAGAGCUUGCAAUGAUUGAAGAAGAGGACGGACUCCUCGAGGCUUCGAUCACUCACCUCCAAAAAGCCAUGCUGCUGGAUAAUGGCACCCAAAAAGAAAGAUUGUUGUCAGCUUUCCACCUCCUGCAGCUCCGAAGGGACCUCUAUCAAGCACCCUCUCGCAGCGAGGAUAAAGCCGCUAUGCUCAUGCAGCAGGUCAAGGACAUGCAAACCCAACAAGAUACAGAUUGUCGCCCUUUGCUGCUGACGGUGGGUCAACUGUUGGCUCCUGCUGAUUUCCAGAUGGUGCUGAAUGCAGAGAGCGCUCCUAAACUUACCAAAGCAAGUGUUGGAUGUGGGCCAAUCGUUCAGCUUUCGGCCGAAGCUCAGCAUUACUACGAAGCUGUACAGAAGUUGGAUGGUUACCUGGAUCGACAAGGAGAAAAUGCUGACAACACAGAAAGACUGAAGCUGUGGGCAGCACUUGCAAAGUCGGCACGAAAACAGGAAGUCUGGGACGUAUGCCGCGUCGCUUGUCGCUUCUGUUUGCUCUAUGAUGAGGGAAAAACCAAGAUGGCCAAGUGUCAGAAAUCUCGAUGCUCAGAGGAUGACAGCUCUACUGAAACUGUUAGCAGUUAUGAAGAAAUUCAACCCUGUGUCAAGAAGUUGCGCCUUUUAGCCGAAAUAUGUUAUAUUACUGCUGAGGCUACUAUCCAAAAGUUACAAAUGCACGGUGUGCAACUCAACAGCCCUGCAGUUCUUCCACUGGAUGGAGGUGUUUCUGAAGACGACCCACAUUGGAUUACUUAUAGAGACUGGAUCCAGUCGUUGUCUGAUUAUGCCUCCUCCACUUUCUUACGGGCAGCUGAGCUUGGUACACAGAUGAGAGAGCCCUGGAUUGUAGCAAAUGCAGCCAUUUACUUAUGGAACUACAACAGGCACUUGCUGAUUUCUGGAGACUAUAAAUGUCUCGUGCCCACCUUCCAGAGCUUGGUGGAGAUGCUCCAAAAAACAGAGUGCAUUAGCCACCGUGCUCUGUUGGUGCUCCUGUGUGACGUUGUGGCUCGAGGUUUGAUCCAGCAUCUACCUGUACCUGACAAUGUGGAGCAAUCGCCUCAAGACAAGGGCAAAUUCAAAACAAGUCUUCAAGCUGGUGUGCUUGACGCUGAUAGUCUCGAGAGUGUCCAAAAAGCACGAGAGCUAUGCGACUACUCCCUGUCCAUAUCCAACUGCAACCCCCGAGGGGAAAAAGUCCCAAUUGCUGUGCAGAAGCAAAUAGUGGCCACCUGGGUGCAGAUCAAGAGCCUCUUGCAGCAGCAACCUGGCCCAGGUACCGACAUGGAUGAAAAGAUUGAAGAAGUGUCGCCUCUGACCCGUGUGCUGAUUCAAGUGGAGAUGCUCCAGUCCAAUAAGAAUCCCAGUAACUUGGAGAGUUGUGAUCCCAGUCUCUCAACACUGGUGACCAUGGUGUCCAAUGCCAAAUGGAACGAUGCUGUGGUGGAGUUGCAGAUAUGGUGUCAGCUUGCGACAUUUUGCCACCAUGCUAAGGAGUACGGCUUGGUGCGGAGCUGCACUGAAAACGCAAUGAAGCUGGAGGAUGCAGCGGCAAGCUGCCUCAACACCACGUCUUGCCUUUUGUAUGGCUCACCUGCAGUAAAUGAAAUGCUGAGCAGUGCUGCCUGUCUGAGGGGCUUGAGUAAAAUCCACGAGGCCAUCGGAGAUUUACAUAUUUACAGGGCAGGCAUGGACAUUCUUCUGUCUAGUGUCAGCUAUGCAAAGAAGGCCGGAAAUCCAGAGCUAUGUCGAACAGCUGCAAGACAUUACUGGAACGCUUGCCUACCUCUAACCCAGUCACCUGAGGAACGACACCAGUUGAGAGAACCACUGGAAGCAAUUCUCAACGCUCUCAUCCACACUCAUACUAAAUAUGCAACUGACAAAGUCAAAGGCUUGCAGACGUCGGCACCGAUUCCUCCUGGGAUUUCCAAACCUGAAGCACCAAAUGAAGAAGUCCUAACCCUGAGAUCAUCGAUUUACUGUCUGUUGCUCCAAGUAUACAUAGACAGAACCGAUUGGAACGGUGCUCUGCAGCUGCUGGAUAAUGCUGUUAGAGAUAUGCCUUCAACCAAACACAGACUACCUCUGCUGAAAUACCGCAUCCAGAUGAAAGCGCGGCUGGGGGAAAGUGUAUUGAUGGACAUGCAGACGUUACAAGGCAAAGAAGAGCAUCAUUGUUCAUUUAUGUGGAACAAAGUAGCACGGUGUUCUUGCAAUAUAACACAGCAACUGGACUGCUUUAGGAAAUCGGUCACGUCCUUCUUGAGUGAGGAAAAUCAAUGGCAAAAAGUGGGCUUCAUGCUGGAAUUUGCAGCUUGGCUUUACUGUCAUAACUUCCCUAAAGAGGAUGCUCAACAUCAGGUUCACUGGGCUAUUGACAUUCUCCUUCAUUGGGAAACAGACAAGUCAGAAAACCCAGAGGACGAAUGUCAGGAGAUGGAUGAGAGCUCGGUGAGAUGUGACACUCUGGCUGUUGUCCAAGGACUGUCAUUCAUACAAAGUAUAUCCAAUCUGAGGGAGGUGCAACGCCUAAACAGCUUGGUACAAGCACACACUUUGCUCGCUGUCAUGGCAGACAGAAAUUUACCUGAGCACCAGAUGAACCUACUUAGAGCUUACGACUAUGUGCUCCAAAUAUGGAAGGUAUCAAUGACAGUUGUUUCUUUGAUUCCCAGUGAGCAUGGCACGCCUCAUUCCCCCACCACGCCUGGGCCAAAAAAAGAAAAGGGCAAAGGGAAAAAAACCAAAGAUGCUACUCCCGCAGAAGUGAAACCCAAACCUGCUUUGGAUCCAAAACUCUGUUCUAAUCUGGAGUAUUGGGUUAAAUACGCUUGUUCUGAUCAAGUCCGCUACAUGUUUAAAACCACCUGCAAUCCCCAGUGCAUCAGCAUUCAUAGCAUAACACAGCAGGCCCAGAGCCUACAUUAUCUUAACCUUCUGGAAAAGGAGCUCCACUCACUCUCACUCAGCCACCUGACGCUACCCAUAAUGCACCUGGCUGAGACAAUUGCUUAUGACCUUUUGGACAAGAGGAGCCUCUCUGACCUGUAUCGACUCAGAAUAGUGAAGACCUGCAGCCAGCUUGGUGUGGAGACACAUACGCCGUACCACGAAAGUCUCUUGAAUCUUAUCAAAAUACAAGAACAAGAACAAAUUGGGUGCCACAGAGCCAUCACGCUUUUACAGGAGAGAAGAGGCCUCUGCAAACCAUGCGAUCAGAACGAUGAAAUGUCUGAGCCACCGCUAGAGAUGAGGCAUUCGUUUCCUCUGGAUAUUUGGGUGGACAAAGCUGAGGUCUGCUUGGCAAUGGGGCUCUACCAAGGAGCCAGGCAGCUCCUGGCAGAAGCUCAGUUGGUGGCCUCAGAGUUUGAAGACCAGACAGUAAGGGCGAGAAUCUUGCUCAAUCUGGCUGCUCUGGCUUGUGACGAACAGACCUAUGAACAGGCUCUGUACCUUCUAGACAAGGCCCAAGCAUUUGGCGGAGAUGAGCACUUUUGGUACAAAUUCACUCUCACAAAGGUGAACGCUGUAGUUGGUCAGAGACAACCGGAUACACAGGCUCAGAUUGAUCAGAUUAUAAAGGACGGCUGUGAGGCUUUGAAGCAGGUUUUGGAGCAGCGGAUAAACCGAGUUCCAGAGAUCACCUUCUUACUUACAUGCUUAGAAAUGAGGGGUGCAACUGAGUGUAUACAUUCUAUUUUUGACAAUCAUUCUGGAUACGCAUGUUGCACGGAGGACAUCCAGGUGGUGAUAACCGCUUGUGAGACGCUCCGACAGUGUGCAAGAGUUUUUACUCAACUCAACUACAAAGAACAUGCUGCAAGGAGCAAUGAAGAGUGCACACAUGGUCUAAGAUUCCUGGCCACCAAAGCGACAGACAACAAGGAAAAGCAGCGAUUCCUGAUUGAUGGACUCUCCUGCAUGUAUUCAGCCAUCUUGGAGCAAGAACAUGUGGUUUUAAAUGCUCAAAACUUGCUCCAGAUAGAAGAUGAGAGUUGCGGAGUUUUAUUGUCACCCACUUGGACACUGCUGCGCCUGCGCCUCACCCUGGCAGACGUUUGCUUGGCAAUACUGGAGGAGCAAUGCGAAGAAUUGAUAAACCGAGGCCUGGCCAAGGACAAGACCGUUGCUGAGAUCGCAAUUGAGGAUUUUAUGCGCAGUAUACCUGACCCCAACUCCAUCGAACAGGAAUGGAUGGAUGUGAGCAGCACAUUGGGUCAGAUGGCUUUGGGCCAGCUGGCCGCAGUGAGCUCUUCUACCGUGGACAGCGUGGAGAUGAGAGCUCACUGCUUUACUUUGAUGGGAAAGACCCUGAGACUGCUGGCUGUGCGGGAGGAUCCUGUUUAUCUGUCUUCUCUCUGGGACAUUCAGCAGGAAUGUGUGAGUGACCCAAAUGCCACAGAGGAAUCUAUUUUAGGCAAAGACAGCACUUUAAGCAGCGAAGAGUUAGCGAUGACCUCUGCCAAAAGCGCUGAGCAGCAGCGAAAGAGACAAAAAGCGGAGCAGCUUUUGGCCCAGGCCAGCAACGUAUUGUCUGAAGCUGUCACCUUGUGUCUUCAGCACAAAUUGCCAGCUUCCAUUCUAAGCAACGCCUCUCUUAAUAUGCUGAAUUGUCAUGGGCAGUCAGAUCAUGAACUGGCAGGUCAAUAUCUCGCCCUCUUUCAGAGCGCUUGUACUGUUAAUGUAAUGGCUGAAGUCUUAAGUUCAGCCUGUGCUGACACGAGUGUGUCACAGCUCGCAGCUCUACUCAGCCUCCACAAAAAACUGUAUGUCUCUGAAGAGGGGAGGCCCACUAGAACACUGGAAGGAGUGAAACAUUCCCUGAACACCAUCUCCAAGGCCUUCUCUCAGCUUACCAUCAACCCCAACCACUUGAACCUUAUUGCAGAACUUCAGCCUGACCUGAAGAUUAUUUUACUUCAGCACUCCGAUGACGGGUCUGAACUCUAUGGAGCGUUUUUCAGCACGACUGAAGCUCCGGAAGAUCAAAAAGGGAAGACAUCACAAAGUUCCGUGACAUGCUCUAGCCUGGCCAAGGUUUCUGUCUGCCCAAGGGCUCUGCUUGCACUUCGGGAGCAGACCCGGGCCUUUGACCAAGAGACAAGACAAGCCCUUCUGAAGGAGGCCUUUUUGUAUGAGGGAAGAAUGGAAGAAGACCCUGAAGAUCAUCACGCUUCUGAUCCAAAAACCGAUGCAGAAAAUGAAUUGACACAUCACUUCAGAGAAAUUGUUCAGCAAAUGGAGGACUAUUUGAACCCCCUGUUUGCUCAGUUGGACUUGUCUUGUUUGAGCUCCCAGGAGUCAUCUGAAACCGUCUCAGAAGAGAUCCAAAACACAACUGACGAAAAAGUACCCUCAGAAAAUACACCACCUCAACUAGGGGAGUUUGUGGUGUUGCUGGCUGACUGGAAGUUGAUGGAGUUGCCAUUGGAGGCAUUGUCCAUCCUUCAGGGAGACCUCAUCAGCUCUGUGUCACGAGACUUCUCACUACAGAUUCUCUACAGUCGUAUGCAAAGAGAAGAGCCAAUCAAAGCGGAAAAGGAAUCCAAAGGUGCUAAAGGUGGUAAAGGGAAAGCCGAUCAAAGCCAAACCAUCAAAGCAAUACCAAGCAGUCAUGCUUUACCUGCUCACACCUUCCCAGUGGACACACGGAACUUGAAAUGCAUCUUUAAUGACAAAGAUAUCGUCCACACUUCGAGCAACUUUGAAGGGACCACUCUUGGGGAGAAAACAAAGAUGAAGUGGGAAGCUCAGGGCCAGCAUUUUAACCCACUGCUAGCAGGCUUCGUGGGCAUCAAACAAACUCCCAGUUUGAGUGAGAUAGAGAAGAUACUGUGCAGAUGCAGUGGAUUCAUGUACUUGGGAACGGAACGCUUCUGGACUCACAUUACACCUGCAAAACUCGCGGCUCUCAAUCUGUCAGAGUGCCAGAUGGUUGUCCUCUUUGACCUGGUCCAGUGUAAUACCAAAGGCCAGCACUUCUCAAACUUUGACAUGCAGAAAAGGGCGGGACAGUGCACCUUUGAGAAACCCUUGGAGGUCGCUCUGUUGAUGAGCUUGAACGGUGUCAGUUGCGUUGUCCUCAAUCAGUGGCACAGCAGCCUUGAACAGAACUCUCAAUACAUGACUGACUUUUUGAAUGAUUUUCUGAGCCUCAAACAGACAUCUGGGCAGAUUGUCCAUUUCCUUAGGCGGGACACUCACCCGGCAGGAAUAUCACAUGACAACAAGGACACUGGAUUCAAUGAUCACUCUGGUGUCGGUGACUCAAAAGAAGAUAUUCAGCACAUACCGAAUUUGACACCUGCAGCUUUCAACUGUGUUCUUUAUGGACUCCCUCUCGUAAUCGCCACAUAAAAAACAACGUAUUUUGCAGGAUUUUUUUUUUUUAUCUUGACUUGUAGACUCUGUGAACAUCUGGCUCCUGCCUGCUAUGCCUCAAGGUGGGUCUUCAAGCUGCUGCCACGGCUCAAGCAGUGCCGUAAAUGAGAUUACUUCACUUUAAACACAGCAAGAACACAGAGCGAAAUAAGGCAUCCUUUUUAAUCCUCAAUUUUACAGCAAAGCAAAAUUCGGGUGGAUCACAUUUGUCCGCCAUACACAUACUGUAAUUAUGUUAAAGUGUGCUAAAUUGUAAUUAGCUUGUAUAACCAUAUUAUACCCUGCAUGUUUAUAGCUUGCUCUGAGCACAUGUGCUUUUAUUGAUUUUAUAAUUGAAUAUGUUGAAAGUUCAUUGUCGGUCUCAGCCACGCUGUGAUUGAAGCAGUUUGAUAUCCUUAUCUGUAUAAUUACAUAAUGAGCAUUUCAAUGGACAUCAUUUGCUUAUUUGAUUUGUACACUACAUGUGAUGAGGGUGGAAAAAUGUCGGAAGUAGUUAUUAUAUAGUGUUAUGUAAAACUAAAUGUAAAAAAAUAGAAUAUUUCAGCAUUAUUCUAUGGCUGUUAUGUCAGUUUCCAUCCAUAGUUGCGUCCCAUUACGUGCAUUCUUAGCUGUUCUAUGUGUAUUAAACACAAAAAGUCAGUUUUCCUUUAAGGACCUUGACUGUAUUGAAGGCCUGCUGGCAAAGAUGAUUUCAAUUUGCUUAUGCAGUACAGCAGAGGUAGGGAACCUAUGGCUCGGGAGCCAGGUAGGGCUCUUUUGAUGACUGUAUCUGGCUCUCAAGCAUUUCUUACCACAAUAAAAAUGCAUUUAUGCUAACAUUUUAAAGUAAACAUCACAGAAAUCACUGUUAAAAAUAAUAUUCAAAAUCAACAACUUUCUUAUGCAUUUUAAUUCGUCCAUCUAUUUUCUACUGCAAUACGGCCGACCAUAUCUAUCUUUCCUGAUGAUAUUUUCCAGGUCAAACACCAAAACUCGGUUAUUACUAGGUAAUGCUGUAGUCUACCUCGGUCAUUGAGAUGUCAAAAAAACAUGUAAAUGUAAACUUUCCUCCUUUAGUCAAAUAGCUAAAGCUGCAGAACCAAGCCUUCUGGCAAAGAUGGCCAAAAGAAUGAAAUAUACUUAAUACGGUUCAAAACCAUGCAGCAGCAGAAGUUGCAUUAAUGGCAGCAAGUAUUUGAUUUAUUAUUAGACACUGCGCUGCUCACGAAAGUAUGCUGGCCACACCCCAUUGGCGUGGGGUAGUGUGCCUGGUCUACGUAAUUGGAGCCCAUUACAUCUAAAACUGUUGGUCUUACAUAAAAAUGCAUACAUUUUAUUGCAUUCAAAAUGUAUAUGGCUCUCACAGAUACACAUUUUAAAAUAUCUGGCCUUCAUGGCUCUCUUAGCCAAAAAGGUUCCCGACCCCUGCAGUACAGUAUGUCCGACAAGCCACAGAAAAACAAGCUAUAAAUUUGCCUCAUUAAGGCUCAUCUCCGUUUUGCCAGAAAAAUCUUGAUAAGCCCCAAGACCUUUGGGAAAAUCUGAGACGAAAUUAUAAAUUUUCUUGAAGGUGUCUCACAUCACAUCUGGUGUAAAAGUAUCUGUAUGUUUUCACCUGUCAUGCUACAAUUGACGCAGCACAAGCCUGCGCAGCGCUGUCUUGUGAAGUGCACCGCGUACGUUACGAAACAAGUUUACCAAGUACCUUUAGAUCAGGGGUGGGCAAACUACGGCCCGGGGGCCACAUCCGGCCCGCCAAGUAUUUGAAUAUGGCCCGCCUGUUCUUUCCAAAAUAUUUCAUUUAAACUCAACAUACAACCUGGCAUCAUGGCUUGAGCCAACCUUUUGAUGGUUGAAGUAGCUUUUUUAUCAAUUUCGUAAUAAUAAUAAUAAUAAUAAUACAUUCAUUUUCUACCGCUUACCCUCACGAGGGUCGCGGGGGUGCUGGAGCCUAUCCCAGCUGUCUUGGGGCAAGAGGCGGGGUACACCCUGGACUGGUCGUAAUAAUAAUACUAAUAAUAAUGAUAAUAAUAAUAAUAAUAAUAAUAAUAAUAAUUCAUUUUCUACCAUUUAUCCUCCGAGGGUUGCGCGGGUGCUGAGCCUAUCCCAGCUUCUUGGGGCGAGAGGCGGGGUACACCUGGACUGGUCGUAAUAAUAAUAAUAAUAAUAAUAAUAAUUUUAUAAUGCACUUUACAUCAAAUAAAUGAUCUCAAAGUGCACGUAUAGCAGACUGCAUGACACUUUUAUGUGUAAAAUAUGUGUAAAAAUACAUGUGUACAAAUGGACUGUCACGUGUAAAAUACUAUAUAUCCCCCCCCCCGUCAAUUUUAUUAAAUCAAUGCGGCCCGCGAGUCAAAAAGUUUGCCCACCCCUGCUUUAGAUACAACCCAAAAUAUAGGCGAGUUUAGGUAAAUCUAGUAAAGUGGAGGCGGUCAGCAACGCCACACAAGUCGUUUUCAAGUUGCCAGUUGCACCCUGUACGUAUAUCAAAUAGUUACAGAACUUUCUGUUUUUUCAUUGGACGUCUAUAGAAAUUUUGUACACUUUUAAAAUGAAUGUCCAACAGGACAUUAGAAUUGUAAUUUAGAAGUUUGAGGUAACUAACCAGGAUGUCUGAGUGUAGCCCAUCACUGCAGGCAGGCACUUGGCUUUGGGGCUUCAGAUGAGCCAUAUCUUAGAAUUUAACAUUGGAAUUAAUGUAAGGAAAGCUCAUCUUGUUCAAUCACACACUUAUCUAAUAUCUAAUAUGAAGCGCCACAAGGCGAUUGUUCCAUCUCGUCACCCAGUGCUAUAUCGAGCUGUCUUGAUUGCCUCCAUUUGGUAGCUAUGUGUUUUUCCACCAUCGUUAUCAUAUGAGAAUUCAGAUUAUCAUUUAGAUAGAGAGGCUUGAGCAACAUAGGAUCAUUUAGUUUUUCAUUAGUGGGAAAAAUAGCCACUUAGUCAAGUAGAAACAACUUUACUUACAGUGAAACCUUGGUUUUCGAAUGAAAAGUAUUCGUUUUUUCAUUAGUUUGUGUACACCAUUUCAGCCAAAUAUUGCACCUAACAAACUACUCAGGUUACGUGCUUCUAAUUGUGUGGAAUUGAGCUCCCAGACAAAGCAUCCCAAACAUUUGUGAUGCUGUUCCGGCGCCAAAGAAAAGUUGCAAGAUAAACUCUACGGCAAACUACGGUGCUAUGAAAUAAAGAUCAGAAUCAAUCUAAGAUGUUGGGAAGUCCUUAUAGAGUGGGAUUCUCCUUCCAAACAAUAACUUAUCCUCCUUCCUUUCCACUCUAUGCUAUCGUACAUAGACCCAAAAGUUGUAAAUAAGAGCUAAAAAAAAAUCUUAAAUGUUCAUUUCUCCAUUUCCUUAGUCAUUCAUAUUUAUUCCCCAUCAUUUUCUGUAUGUAAGCUAUAAUUAUUCUCUAUAAAAGUGUAUUGUGUUCAUAUUUUUGGAUGUCGGAAACUGAUUAAUUGGAUUAAUGUUAUUUCUUAUUUUAAAAAAAUAGCUUCACAUUCAUUCAUUUUGCUUUUUGUCUCACUUUUUAGAACGGAUUACUAACAAAAACCGGAGAUUGACUCUAUUUCUAUUCCUUAUGCAAUUAUUAUUUUUUUCCUUGUAAGCCAUUACCCAAACUGUGCAGGAGUCCACUAUGAUGUUCUGUUUUAUUGUGUUACUUUAUGGGCAAACUGUCUUUUAUAGGCACUCCUCGAGUGUAAGGUCAAUGGAUGAGACUCAUGGGUUAGUUUUCAUGGGUUAGAGAUUUUAACCAAAUAAACUGAAUAAAAAUGCCACAAGGAUAUAAUACUGUAGAAUUUAUUGCUCGGCAUUGAAUUAAUGCAUUUAGUCAGAUUGUCAUUCACGUUGUAAAAUGUCAACUGCUUAUGAGAUCUACCGAUAACAGAUUAUUUUAGACUUAGGAACUGAUUUGUUAGUGAUGGAAUGACUAGCAUUUGCUUCCGUAACCACGGAAUCAUAAAGCAGGACAUGUCCUCAUUAUUGGUCAUACAGUAAUAAUGACCUUUUAUGCACAAUAGCAAAUUACCUUACAUCUCUAAAUAAAUAAUUCCCACAGAAUAGACAGAAAAUCCGCCAUCAAAACAAGUGAGAAAAUUACUUUUCCUCUUCUACUUUCAAAGACGUGUGAAGUAUUGUCAGCAUAACUCUUCCACUGAGCCAGAAAAGAAAAAAAAUAAAAGUUAUGUAUGUAUAGCGAGAUUUUCCCAGACUCCAUUGCGCUAUGAUUAGGCCCCCCCAGGCAGUCCAGGUUGGUGCUGUGGGUCAGCCAGCAGCAUGUCAGUCAUGGCUGUGGAAACACGCUGACCUAUCACUAUCGCCCCCCCGGCGUGGAGCUGUACUUGGAGGGUUUGAGUCCAGGUGCAGGCCUUUACAUCUCGUGUGAGACAUCCUGUCCAUUAAGAAGUAGACCGUUUUAAAAAUGCAUACGCUGAUAUUGAAUAAUACAUUUGCUACAGCGUAACUAUUAUUUUAU